GCGGGCACCAGCAUGAAGGUGAUGGUGAAGCCCAGCCAGUGGACGUCGUCGGUGCGACUGUAUCCUCCGCAGAGCACGGCGGCGUUGAGAAACUCGGCGCAGUAGAGCACCGUGGCGAGCACCACACUCAACGGAGGACGCACUCGGCUCGGAUUGACCACCAGCAUGACGCCGCUCUCUGCCACUGAGGCGUCCGUGUAGGAGAUCUCCCUUUCCCGCUCCUCCAUGACGAGUCGACGGGAAUCCACUUGUUAGACUCCGAGGUAUCGCUUGCAGAGAAAAUGGUGGCCGCUGUGCACACCUUGCUCACCUCACGACAACAUGUUCAACCUGAUGAGCAACUGCUGCACUUGGUUCUCCAAAAUCCAGGAGCCAAUCAGGCGAGUGACCAUUCUUGUGGUUGGUCUUGACAAAGCAGGAAAGACGUCCUCCAUUCGAGGGAUGCUCAGAGUCCCCCACGCUAUGGAAGGAGGCCCCACCCAGGGCUGUGUAAGGAAUGAGUUGAGAGUGGAAAACUACUUUGUCACCCUGCUGGAUGUUGGGGGGUCAGCUGAGUCGCAGGGGGCCUGGAGGGACUUCUACGGAGAAGCGCAUGGGAUCAUCUUUGUGGUAGACUCCUGUGACCGAGCCAGGAUGAAGGAGGUCAAAGAGGUCCUGGCUGACCUGCUCAAGCAACCUAGAGUUGCAGGGAAACCCAUCCUGGUCUUGGCCAACAAACAAGAUAAAAUGAACGCCCUCCUGGGAAGUGAGCUGAUCGAGAUGCUGUCUUUGGAGAAGCUGGUCAACCAGAGUCGCUCUCUGUGCCAUAUAGAGCCUUGUUCAGCCUUAAUGGACCUACGGCGCUGGUCGGACAGAAAGACGCUACGAGGUCUUCGUUGGCUGCUGCGAGCCAUCGGUCUGGAUUACCCGGAGCUGUGCACGCGUGUGGCCCAGGACAGCAAGAGGCCUCUGGAACCCCGAGAAAGGAAGGGCAAAGCAGAGAGAAUGCGGAGCAAAAACAAGAGUGAACGAAUGCGAGCCAGCAAGUCUGACCUCCGCCAGGCUCAUAGGACUAAGAACAAAGAGAAGACGACCAAAGGGGAGGGAAAGCUGCAGCCCAUUCGAAACAUACUGCAAAAGGAGAACACGUUGAAGAAGCAGCUGAAGAAAUCCACCAGGAGGAAGAAAAGCUUGGUUAAAGCCAAUGAAGAAGAACAAGCUGAAGAAGCAGCCAAUGAGCAGGAGAAAGAGGAGGCUGACGAGGGAGAACACGCACCCGCCGGCCAUCCAGAGAAAGCCAGCAGCGCUCUCAUCCCCCCUAAUAAUAAGGGCAGAUCUAAACGCAAGGGUAAGGUGAAGGAGGAGACUACGGAUGUGCCCGAAUCGUCGCAGGACCACAAGAAGCCGCUCAGGGCCAAGAGGAAAAAGAAGAAGGUUGCCAAAGGUAAAAAGAGGAACAAGAUCAACACAGAAGGAAUGUCAGCAGCUUCUUCUCAGCCUGUUGACCUUUCUGCAACAUUUGAUCUUUACCGAAAAGCCAUACUGGCUCUGAAGGAACGUCAGGAUCAGAGUCUAAAGGAAUGUCAGGAUCAGGGACAAUGACGGAGAAGUCCACUAGUCACCAAAGGACACAAGAGACAUAUUUAAAUGUACCCUUUAUUGUUGGAUACUGGACAUACCAUCAUGUAGUGAAGGUACAUUUUUAAUUCCUAAUGAUAAUCGGUCUAAAUGAUAUGUAAACAAAGCCAUAUUUUCUGUUUUAGGCAGUAUUUUUUAUGUGUCCGUUUUCUAAGACCAUUGCAACAUGUACAACACCUGUAAUGCACUAAAGUAAAGAGAACAUUUUAAAAUGUA